AUGGCGGCAAGAUUAAGUGAACCAGAUAAUAACUGGAGUGUGCUAGCGUUAGAUCGUGGAAGUGCAAGCGAUUCAACACCACAAUAUGAAGUGGACGGCGAUCUUAGUGGUGUAUAUGAUCCAAAUUAUUUCUCGGUGCCACAAGAUUAUCUGCUGGGACGUCUAGUACGAAAUCCCCGAUAUUAUGGUAUUGGUGGAACAGCCAUGAUCAAUGGGAUGACCGCGAUUGCGCCUUCUCGACAUUUGCUAGAUCAACUCUGGCCAAAUGGAUGGAAAUGGGAUGAUCUGUUCCCUUAUAUGGUAAAGAUGCAAAAUCAUUAUUGUUACUAUCUCCCAUCAUCAUUAACUGGAAUAUCCGAUUCAGAUUGUCGAUUGUGGCACGGUCAAGAUGGUCCACUCAAUAUAGCUCCACCAUUAUUUGGGAACAUGUCUGAUUUACUGAUUGAGAUGAUGAACGAAUGUGAGCAAGAUGUUGGAUUCAUGACUGAUUAUGAUAAUCCUACUAAGCAAUAUGGUUGCUAUUUUCAGCAACAGUUUCGUAAACCAUUGAAUAAAACGGAUCCGAAUUCUUCAAGUAUACGAGCAAGUACAUGGGAAGCUUAUUUGAAAGGAAUUAAUCGUACUAAUCUUCAAAUAUUGGAUUCAGCAACUGUUUUAAAACUUGUCUUCGAUGGUAAUGAACCUACAAAAUGUAUCGGCGUAGUGUAUGAAUAUAAAGGACAAGUGUACACAGCGACAGCAAGGAAAGAAGUUAUUCUAUCUGCUGGUGUUUUUGAUACACC